AAGAACAAGGAGAGUGACAACAGUUGCAACAUGGACUUUGGCUUGAAGUUGAGCUGCCUCCUUUUAUGGCUAACUUGCAGCAGUGGCAGUGGCAACAGUCGAGUCAACGCACAGCCAUCAUUAACCGAGAAAAUACCGUUAGGUGCCAUCUUCGAGCAGGGCACGGAUGAGGUUCAAUCAGCCUUCAAGUAUGCAAUGCUCAAUCACAAUCUGAACGUAUCCUCGCGACGCUUUGAACUGCAGGCUUAUGUGGAUGUCAUCAACACGGCGGAUGCAUUUAAAUUGUCACGUUUAAUUUGCAAUCAAUUCUCGCGUGGGGUUUACUCAAUGCUCGGCGCCGUAUCGCCCGACUCCUUCGAUACACUGCACUCCUACUCGAAUACGUUUCAGAUGCCCUUUGUGACGCCCUGGUUUCCGGAGAAGGUGCUUACGCCAUCGUCUGGUUUCCUCGACUUUGCCCUCAGCAUGCGCCCGGAUUAUCAUCAGGCCAUCAUUGAUACAAUACAAUUUUAUGGCUGGCGCAAAAUAAUUUAUCUCUACGAUUCCCACGAUGGAUUGCUGCGUCUGCAACAAAUCUACCAGGGUUUGAAGCCUGGCAACGAGUCCUUUCAAGUGGAGCUGGUUAAGCGCAUCUCGAAUGUCAGCAUGGCCAUCGAGUUCCUGCACACUCUGGAGCAAAUUGGGCGAUUCACCAAGAAGCACAUUGUCCUGGACUGUCCCACGGAAAUGGCCAAGCAAAUACUGAUACAACAUGUGCGGGAUUUACGUUUGGGUCGUCGCACCUAUCACUAUCUGCUGAGUGGUCUGGUCAUGGACGAUCGCUGGGAAAGUGAGAUAAUCGAAUUUGGCGCCAUUAACAUCACCGGAUUUCGCAUUGUGGAUACGAACAGGCGUCUGGUUCGCGAGUUCUAUGAUAGCUGGAAACGAUUGGAUCCGCAGAUGAGUGUCGGUGCUGGCCGUGAAUCGAUUUCGGCUCAGGCUGCUCUCAUGUACGAUGCGGUCUUUGUGCUGGUUGAGGCAUUCAACAAAAUACUCCGCAAGAAGCCGGAUCAAUUCAGGAACAAUGUACAGAGACGCAGUCAGACAUUGAUGGCAGCUGCCUCAACAGCUGGAGAUGGCUCCAACAGCAGCAGCAACAGUGAUGCCGGCUUCAACUCCAACUCCGGGUCAAACUCUGGCUCUGGUUCCAGUGGCAACGGUAACGGCAACGGCAACGGCAACGGGAACUUCAAUAUCGCACCUCGUUCGUUGGACUGUAACACGGCCAAGGGAUGGGUGAAUGCCUGGGAGCAUGGCGAUAAAAUAUCACGUUAUUUGAGAAAGGUGGAAAUCGAGGGCCUCACCGGGGAUAUCAAAUUCAACGAUGACGGCAGACGAGUCAAUUACACGUUGCACGUUGUCGAGAUGACCGUAAACAGUGCCAUGGUAAAAGUUGCUGAGUGGAAUGACGUCACAGGGCUGCAGCCUCUGAAUGCGAAGUUUGUGCGUCUGCGUCCACAUGUUGAGUUCGAGAAGAAUCGCACGUACAUUGUGACCACUGUACUAGAGGAGCCGUAUAUUAUGAUAAAGCAGCCAUCCUUUGGAGAGCAACUUCAUGGCAAUGAUCGCUUCGAGGGCUACUGCAAGGAUCUCGCUGAUUUGUUGUCCAAAAGGCUCGGACUUGAUUAUGAACUACGUCUGGUAAAGGAUGGCAAUUAUGGAUCGGAGAAUCCAGCGGUGCAAGGUGGUUGGGAUGGCAUGGUGGGCGAAUUGGUGCGAAAGGAAGCGGAUAUUGCCAUCGCCCCCAUGACGAUUACCGCUGAACGCGAACGUGUCAUCGACUUUAGCAAGCCCUUCAUGUCGCUGGGCAUUUCCAUUAUGAUUAAGAAACCAGUGAAGCAGACGCCCGGCGUGUUCAGCUUCAUGAAUCCUUUAUCACAGGAAAUUUGGGUGAGCGUCAUCUUCAGCUACAUUGGUGUCAGCAUCGUGCUCUUCUUUGUAUCCCGUUUCUCUCCACAUGAAUGGCGUCUCGUUCAACAGCCGCUACAACAAUCACAGCUGCCAGAUCCACAUGCACAUCACGAACAACUUGCCAAUCAGCAGCCACCCGGCAUCAUUGGUGGCGCCACCGUUCCCCCGCCGCCCGGACCUCCAACUCCUGGCCCACAGUCGGCUGCCUGUGCGGCAGCUCUGCAGGCAUCCCUAUCAGCAGGCAGCCUGACAUCCGGAGCAACAGCCAACUCAGCGGCGGUCAAUGAAUUCAGUAUCUUGAACUCAUUCUGGUUCUCCUUAUCGGCCUUCAUGCAACAGGGUUGCGAUCUAUCGCCUCGAUCUAUUUCGGGUCGCAUUGCAGCUGCCUCGUGGUUCUUCUUUACACUCAUCCUCAUCUCCUCCUAUACGGCCAACUUGGCUGCAUUCCUUACCGUCGAGCGCAUGGUGACCCCAAUCAAUUCAGCCGAGGAUUUGGCUAUGCAAACGGAGGUACAAUAUGGCACCUUGUUGCACGGUUCCACCUGGGAUUUCUUCAGGCGUUCCCCAAUUGGACUGCACAACAAAAUGUGGGAGUAUAUGAACUCACACAAGCACGUCUUUGUAAAUACCUACGAUGAGGGCAUCCGGCGGGUGCGGACAUCCAAGGGGAAAUAUGCGCUGUUGGUGGAGUCGCCGAAAAAUGAAUACGUGAAUGCCAGAAAGCCGUGCGACACAAUGAAAGUGGGACCCAACUUGGAUACAAAAGGAUUUGGCAUUGCCACGCCCCUCGGCUCAGCACUCAAAGAUCCCAUUAAUUUGGCUGUGCUGUCGCUGAAGGAGAACGGCGAGUUGAUCAAGUUGCGCAACAAAUGGUGGUACGACAAGGCCGAGUGUAGUUUUAAUAAGGACAAUCAGGAGGCUUCGCACAAUGAACUGACGCUGAGUAAUGUGGCUGGCAUAUUCUAUAUACUGAUCGGUGGUCUCAUGGUCUCUGUAUUCGUGGCAAUUAUUGAGUUUUGCUUCCGCAGCAAGACAAACAGUUCCGGGUCGACGCUCGGGGCGAGUAAAAGCAACGGUUCCAUGAUGCUCGGACCGGCGAACAUUGGUCCUGGCGUUGUGGCGUCGACACAUCAAAGGAACGCGAUGACGGACAGCAUGCAUGCCAAGGCCAAAUUGACCAUUCAAGCGAGUCGCGAUUACGACAACGGUCGUGUGGGGUAUCUCAAUUGCACAUCUCUACAGUAUUAUCCACCUGCUCCCUCCGAUGCCGGCGAGGCUCUGCACAUGAACGCCCAUGGUCAGGUUUGACACGAGCACGUGCAGGAGUCGCGUCUUUGACGCACACCCUGCGCGCCAACCAUCCGUAGAAUAAUGGCCAACAGCCGCCAGGAGACGGAGAAGAUGAUGGCCGGCGGUAGCAUCAUCAAUGGCAACCACGAGGGCAGUCUAACGCUUUCCCCCGCCAAUGGUCAGAACGCGACGCUAAUGCGCCAUUCUCCAGAUAUUAAAAAGCAUCCCCAUACGCAUUCACAUCCCUACGACAAGUAAGUGAAGUAGGCACACA